AUGGCUUUAUCAGACGAACAGGUUAAAUCAGAGCUUUCCAAAAUGCAAGCCUUCAUUGAGAAGGAAGCCAAGGAGAAGGCUAAGGAAAUCAAAUUAAAAGCUGACGAAGAAUAUGAAAUUGAAAAGGCAUCCAUUGUCAGAUCCGAAACUGCAGCUAUAGAUAGUACAUAUGAACAAAAAUUAAAAAAGGCAAGCUUGGCUCAACAGAUUACAAAGUCUACUAUUGGUAAUAAAACCAGAUUGAGAAUUUUAUCUACCAAAGACGAAGUGUUGCAUGACAUUUUUGAUGAAGCUGAGGCCGAAUUGAAGAAAAUCACCAAAGACAAGAAACAGUAUAAACCAGUUUUGGUUGGGUUGAUCGAAGAAGGUGUGUUGGCAUUGAUGGAACCAAAAGUUAGUAUUAAAGUUAGAGAACAAGAUGUUGAUGUCGCCAAGGAAGCCAUAACUGAAGCUGCUAAAAACUUUGAAGAAAAAGCCAAGUUUAAAGUAGAAAUUUCAAUCGAUGACAAGAACUUUUUAGCUACAGACAUUGCUGGUGGUGUCGUGGUAGUCAAUGGUUCAGGUAAAAUCGAAGUUGAUAACACUUUAGAAGAGAGAUUAAAGAUCUUAUCUGAAGAAGCUUUGCCAGCCAUUAGAUUAGAAUUAUUUGGACCUUCCACCACUAGAAAAUUCUUUGAUUAA